GGGGCGGGUCCCGGGGCGGUUCCCGCGGCGGCGCGGCGGGGCCGGGCGGGCGGCGAGCGGCGGCCGCGCUGUCAGGCCGGUGUCGGUGUGAUGAAGAUUGGCGGGCAGCCUGGAGCAGAAUAUGGAAGAACAAACCCAUCUUGGGCUGGGUAGCGGAGAAACAUCACCUGCAUCCCCAUGGGCAGCAUCCCCCUUUCCAACCCAUUUUUGCAGCCGAUAGCUUCGAACAGGUAGGAAAAGUGAAGAGCAAAAGCCUAAAUCUGGAAAAUAACCCCCAAAAUACACCAGCAGUAGACCUAGGUUGUACUUCUAACCCUCAGUGGGAUCCUGUGCUGGGAAUCUGCCACCCUUCAGGAGACAAAAGGACCGGACAGGACCUCAUUGCCCUUCAUCCUCUGCAGAGAGACCUGCAACGAGCACGUCUUCAUUUUCCAGGUUGUGAUCCCUUCCCAGCAACCGUUGGCUUUGGGGCGCAGGAGGACGCUUGCAGGACAGCGGCUCCCCGAGCACCCCCCAAACGGUUCUCGAUGUGACUCCCACCCAGGAUGCACCAUGUCUCCCCGGCACCGGCUCUGACAAUGAUGGCCACCCAGACAGUGCCCCCUCCUCCCUACCAAGACACCCCACAGAUGACGGCCACAGCCCAGCAGCCCACCAAGGCGCAGCCUGUGCAUCUUGCGACGCCGGCAGCGGCCACCAACGCGCCGGUCCCCACCGCGGCCGGAGACCCGCAGGCGCAGCUGGAGGCUGACAAGCGAGCUGUCUACAGGCACCCACUGUUCCCGCUGCUGACGCUGCUCUUUGAGAAGUGCGAGCAAGCAACGCAGGGCUCCGAGUGCAUCACCUCGGCCAGCUUUGACGUUGACAUUGAGAACUUCGUCCACCAGCAGGAGCAGGAGCACAAGCCCUUCUUCAGUGAUGACCCUGAGCUGGACAACCUGAUGGUGAAGGCGAUCCAGGUGCUGCGCAUCCACCUCCUGGAGCUGGAGAAAGUCAACGAGUUGUGCAAAGACUUUUGCAACCGCUACAUCACCUGCCUCAAAACCAAGAUGCACAGCGACAACCUACUCAGGAACGACCUAGGGGGGCCCUACUCCCCCAACCCCUCCUCCAUCAGCCUGCACCCCCAGGAGAUGCUGCAGAGCUCGCCUGCGGCGCUGCCGCCCGCUUCCAACCCGCCGCCGGGCAUCGUGGUGCCGGCCGCCGCGCUCCCGCCGGGCAACCUGGCCAUGAGCGCGGGCAGCAGCUCACCCGCCGUCUCAGGAGGAGCCUUGUACCAGCCUGUGACGAUGGUGACAUCGCAGGGCCAGGUCCUCGCCCAAGCCAUCGCCCCCGGUGCCCUGCAGAUCCCCAGCACCCAGGUGAACUUGGAUCUCACCUCCCUCCUUGACGGUGAGGACAAGAAGUCCAAGAACAAGCGGGGCGUCCUGCCCAAACACGCCACCAACAUCAUGCGCUCCUGGCUGUUCCAGCACCUCAUGCACCCCUAUCCCACAGAGGAUGAGAAGAGGCAAAUCGCCGCCCAAACCAACCUGACCCUCUUGCAAGUCAACAACUGGUUCAUUAACGCCCGGCGGCGCAUCCUGCAGCCGAUGCUCGAUGCCAGCAACCCGGACCCAGCCCCCAAAGCCAAGAAAAUCAAAUCUCAGCACCGGCCCACCCAGCGGUUCUGGCCCAACUCCAUCGCUGCUGGGGUCCUGCAGCAGCAGGGGGGCAAUUCGGGGACAAAUUCUGAUGGCUCACUCAGCAUGGACAACCUGCAGCCCCUCUCGUCAGCCACAGCCACCAUGGCCAUGCAGCAGGCCAUGCUGGCGGCCCACGACGACUCCCUUGAUGGCACCGAGGAAGAAGAGGAGGACGAGGAGGACGAGGAUGAGAUGGAGGAGGAGGAAGAAGAGGAGGAAGAGCUGGAGGAAGAGCCUGGUGGCCUCCCGGUGGCGCCCAGCGCUGACCUUGGCUUGGAUCACAGUGACUCACUGGAAUAGCUCCUCCUGCCCCCUCCCCAAAUCAGUGACAGCACCGGAAACAAAAUUCCCCCCCCC